CACCUUUCCAGACUAGUUAUCGCUUCGCGAGGAGACAAACCAGAGUUCGAUCUCCCGCCCAACACCACCUACAAACAAGUCGACUUCAAGAAAAAUUACGACGAUAUUAAAGAUAUUGGCUCGUUCGAUCUUAUCAUUGUGAACGAAGUGACACAUGAAAUUAGCGACCUGGCGAUAUUUUUCAAGAAUUUAAAACUUCUGCUUAAAGACAAUGCUCCUCUUGUGGUCAUCUCUAGACCGAAAAACCCACCACUUCCCAUCCCUGAGUGCUGCCUGCUAUUGUGGAGAAAACUUGCUCCAACAAGGGAAGAGAUUGUAGCGGCUGCUAAAGCGGCUGAGAUGAAUCACACCUGCUUUUCGGCGGCUGUUCCUGUUUCAGUCGAUCGGUUCGACUGGGAAAAAAUACUAUAUUCAGGCUGCUUCCCUGCCGUCAAAAAUACUGUGAAGUGCACCGAAAAGGAAAUAAAGGAUUACUGUAACAAUCUUUCGAAGACGCUGAAGUUCGAGGAGAAGAUGAAUAUUUUUUUACUGAGGAAGGAGGAUGUAUAG